AACCAAAUCUCUCUCUCCCUUUGAGUCUCAAAGCUUCAAUGGCUCACCAGGAGGAAGGAUGGCCAUUGGGUCUGAGACCAGUAAAUGCAAGAAUCGGAGGACUCACAAGAGGAACUCAUCAUCAUCAUCAUCAUGAACAAGUCUCUGCUGGUUCAAUCUCCUUCAGCUCUCUUCUCUCUCCUUCUCCCUCAUCUCAAUCUUCCUCCGAUCUUGAUUCUCAGUCGAUGGGAUCAUUUUUCCGCGAUAGGAGCUACACACUAGGAAACCUAAUCGGGAUAUCAAGCUUUCUAGAACUUUCAAGAAGAUCAAACCGAACAAGGAAUGAUCAAACAGGCGCUGCUAGAAACCAUCAACACCAUAAGAAUCUCAAAACUUACUACAAGCCAUGGAUUUUCUCUAUAUGUUCAAAACUAAGCACAAACGCCACUGUCAUUUCCCAUAACAGGAUUAUAAACGAAGAAAAUGAUGGCCGUAACAAUGUGCAGUCUCUUGGACACUUCCUCAUUAUGGAGAGACGAGCUGUGGGAUCAACCAUAAGGUCCACACCGACACCGACACCGACUAUGUGAAUGUCCGAUAAUUUAUAGCCAAUUGUGUCUUUAAACGAUAAUGGAAUGUGUAAUAUGAUUUCCUCAUGGUCUGACGCAACAGAUUCUGAUUGUAUUUUUAUUUUGUCAAUUUGAGAUUUGGAGUUUAAAAUUUGUUUUUGGUUUCUUAUGUAUAGUUCAAAAACAGUUUUCUUUGCAUGAGUUGCAUCAAUAUAUUUUUAUUGGGCCUCGUUG